CUUAAUUGUAAUUGACCGUUACAGCUAUCAAUUGAGCUUAGCUAUACCACAAUGGCAACUCCCCAAACUAAUGAAUCAGGGAAGAGUCCUGACAUUGGCACUGGAUCUGUCACUGGAUCUGUCACUGGAUCUGUCACUGGAUCUGUCACUGGAUCUGUCACUAGGUCCGCCACAGGUACCGGCACUGCCGCAGCCAGCGUUGACCAAUUAUCACUCAAUCCAACUCUAGACUUGAAAAGAAAACAAAGCACAAAAGCUGCAGCUGAAUUAACUCCAAGUGAAGAUUUAGACAUCUCCAACGUCAAAACUAAACCAGCGCCAAGAAAACCAAUUGAACCAACAUUCAGAGGUUGGAAAGAAGUUGGUAAAUAUGAAGAAAACGACGCCUUGACUGAAGAAGACGAAAAUACCGAUUUGUUAUCUAAAGGUUCUUCAAUUGAUAGCGUUUUACCCCCAGUAAUCUAUGGUGACUGGUACCAUAAUGCUGGUUAUUUGAUUGUUGGUGGAUUGUUAUCUUGGAUCGUAGGAUGGUUUAGAUUUUCAAUCGCUCCUGUGUUUUUCAUCAUGGUUGUAUUUUCAAUCUUGUAUCGUGCUUCCGUUAAAAAGUACCGUGGUGUUUUACGUGAACAAGCUCAGCGGGAGUUUUCCAUCAAAAAGAUUGAAACUGAUUACGAAUCAAUGGACUGGGCUAACUACUUUUUAGAACAAUUUUGGGCAUAUUUAGAACCUUCCAUCUCCCAAAUUGUGUGUGAUCAAGCAAAUCCUAUCAUGGCUAGUAACCCAUAUGUGCCUGCUUUUAUCAAGGCACUUUGGAUUGAUAGUUUCACUCUCGGUACCAAACCACCUAGGGUUGAAUGUGUCAAGACCAUGCAUGGUACUGCUGACGAUGUCGUUGUUAUGGACUGGGGGUUUUCAUUCACCCCAAAUUCUUUAGUUGAUGCAAACUUUAAACAGUUAAAGAGUAAAGUCAACCAGAAAACCGUGGUUAGAAUCAAGUUAUUUGGUGUUAGUAUUCCCAUUACUGUUUCUGAUGUCUCAUGCAAAGGUUUAGCCAGAGUUAGAAUGAGAAUGAUGACCUCAUUUCCUCAUGUUGAAACCAUCAAUGUUUCCAUGAUUGAACCACUCGACUUUGAUUUUAAUACUAAAAUUGGUGGUGAAUCAAACUUUUGGUGGGAAGUGUUAUCAUUACCUGGGUUAUAUCCAUUUAUUAAUGAAAUGGUUAAGAAAUAUGUUGGUCCUAUGCUUUUCAGCCCUCUUUCUUUCCAAUUGAAUGUUCAACAAUUAUUAUCUGGUAAUGCGUUGAAUUCUGCUAUUGGUGUGCUUGCUAUUACAGUUGAUUCUGCUAGAGGAUUAAAAGGAUUUUCUAGUAUUGGUAAUACUUUAGAUCCAUACUUGACUUUUGGCUUCAAAUCUGAUGUUUUGGCUAAAUCUACCACCAAGAGUGAUACCAAAGCUCCUGUUUGGAAUGAAACUUUUUACUUGCCUGUUACUUCCUUGUCUGAACCAUUACACAUCUCGGUUGUUGAUUUCAACGAUUUUAGAAAAGAUCGUGAAGUUGGUGUCAUUUUAUUUGAUAUUGAAUCCUGUGUUGAUAAUCCAAAACAAUCUGGUUUGUCUGCUCCUUUCUUGAGAAAUAAUAAGCCUGUUGGUGAAUUGAGUUUUGCUAUUCAAUAUAUGCCAACUUUGGAGCCUAUCAAACAAGCCGAUGGUGCUGUUAUCCCACCACCCGAUUUGAAUACUGGUAUUGCUUCAAUCACAAUUGAAGAAGCAAAACAAUUGAGAGGAGGCGACAAGGGUGUAUCCGCUUAUGCCGAACUUAAAUUGAACAAUGACUCUGUGUUAAAGACUAAUUUGAUUAAGAACUCCAAUUCACCUGGAUGGGGAUCAUCAACCGAAGAAAUUAUUUUCAACAAGGCCAAGACUAGAGUUAAGGUUUUAAUUAAGGACAAGAAUGAUCGUGUUAUUGGACAAGUCAAUACUAACUUGAACUCCCUUAUUGAUGCUACUCAGGUUGACCAAACCUGGUUCCCAUUGAGCAAGGGAGGAGAAGUUAGAAUCACCACUAAUUGGAAACCGGUCUCUAUCGAAGGUGGUUCAGCUGGUGUCGGGUAUGCUCCUCCUAUUGGUGCCGUUCGUAUUUCUAUCAAGGAUGCGGAAGAUUUGAUCAAUUUGGAAACAAUUGGUAAAGUUGAUCCAUACGCUAAGAUCUUGGUUAAUGGUGUUGAAAGAGCCCGUACUGUUGCCUGUGAAUCUACCUUGCACCCCACUUGGAAUGAAAUUCAUUAUGCUACUGUCACAUCGCCAAAUCAAAAGUUGACCAUUGAAGUGAUGGAUGUUGAAGCCCAUUCACCAGAUCGUACCUUGGGUUCAUUUGAUGUCAAAUUGACUGAUAUUAUUCAAAAGGAUGAAACUGGUCAUUAUAUUGAAUAUAUUGACACAAAGCCAAGAACUUCCAAGUUGAUUCAUAAAAAGGGUAUGAAAGGUUAUGUUCAUUAUUCGAUUUCGUUUUAUCCUGCUAUUCCAGUGAUGAGUUUACUGGAAAUUAAAGAAGAGGAAGAAGAGAAGAAGAAGGCCGAACAAGAAGCUGCUGCUGCUGCCGAAGCUGCCAAGGCAGAAGGUAAAGAACCUGGUGCUAAGCCAGCCGCCAAGGAAGAUGACGAUGAAGGAUUUGGUGAUGUCAUGGAAGCAAAAGAAAAAUUAACUUUAGAGCAAUUAAUUGAACAUACUUCCGGUGUUUUUGUUUAUGAAAUAAUUGACGGUACUUUAAGUAAAGAUGAUGUUUUCUUGCAAGCAUUCUUUGACAACAAUAUGUUUAACAAUUUUGUCACUACUGAAAUUAAACGUAAGAAAGCCAAGCUUGGACUUACUGGUGAUGCUGUUAUCCCUGAACUUGAAUGGUCACAAGCUACUUUCAGACUUGUUAAGAACAACGAUGACAAUAGAGCUGCCAAGGCAAUUGCUGAAACCUCUAUUCCUACCUUGCAGUUAUUGAAGAAUGCCUAUUCUAAACCAACCAAGAUAAAACUUUCUGGUGCCGGUGAAGCAACAUUUACUGUCCAAUGUUCAUGGAUUCCACUUGUUUACCAUGCUGGAAUUCCUCCACAGGAUAGUAUCAACAAUGCCGGUAUCUUGACCGUUGAAGUGCUUCGAGCCGAGGGACUUCCUGCCGCUGAUUCCAACGGGAAAUCCGAUCCAUACGUGGAAUUGUUUCUUAAUACGGAAAAGAAGUCUUUCCACAAGACCAAGAAAGUUAAAAAGACACUUAGUCCAGAAUGGAAUGAGAGUGGCGAAGUUGAAGUUGCCAAUAGGUAUGAUUCUGAUAUAAAAUUAGUUUGUAUGGAUUGGGACAUGGCUGAAAAGGACGAUUUGCUAGGCACAGGAUAUAUCCAUUUGAAAGAGUAUGACACUACACGUGGUCCUGUGGAAGCUGAAGUACCAUUGUUUGGCGAGAAUGGUGAAUCUGCUGGUAAAGCGUUUGUAAGACUUUCAUUCAAGACGCAAUUUGUUAUGAAUGUCAAGGCCAGAGGUACUGCCGCAAUUGGCUUAACUACUGUGGGAAGUGUUGGUGCAGGUGUUGGUAAAGGUGUUACCAAAGGUGUAGGAACUGUAGGUAAGGGAAUUGGUAGUGGAAUCAAAGGAAUCAGAAGAGGAUUGCGUUUAGGAGGAGGCAGUAGUGGUAGUGAUUAGUUGUUAACAUUUUCUAUAUAGUCAAUUUAUACCAUAUGCGUUUAAGUAUGAGACAUUUUUUUUUAAAAAAA